AUGUCAGACCCCAUCCUAAUAAUCGGUGCUGGCAUCAGUGGUCUGGUACUAGCCCAGUACCUUCAGAGUAAAGGAGUUCUCUACCAGAUAUUUGAGCGCGACUCAGCUCAAGAUACUCGAAAUGGUGGGUGGGGGCUUACAUUAACCUGGGCGCUUCCGGCAUUAUGCGAGUUGCUCCCAGAGUCCGUCGUGCAACAAUUUCCGGAGUGUUUUGUGAACAAAGAUGCAGCAAUACGGGGCGAUGUUGGGCGAUUCCACUUCUUCGAUUUAAAAUCCGGCGAGUCAAUCUACAAUAUCCCUGCUGCCCAGCGCAUUCGAGUGAAUCGGGGCCGUCUGCGACAGGUUUUGACGGCUGGAAUCAAUAUUCAGUGGAACAAAAAUUUUGUCAGCAUGGAAUCUUCCGAUGAUUCCAUCACGGCUCAGUUCGAGGAUGGUACUUCGUAUACAGGGAGACUACUUGUUGCGAGUGAUGGAGCUCGAUCGCGUGCCCGCCAGAUCUUGUAUCCUAGCUAUCAGAUGAAUUCAUUGCCUGUGCAACUUCUCGGGGCAUCACCAUUAUAUUCCGUCGAGGAUAUGAAAGGUGCGCAGUCGAUCGACCCAUUUAUUUUCAUGGGAACUCACCCCGACACCAAUAUAUUUCUCUUCUUCGGCUUCUUGGACACGCCGGCCAACUUCGAAGAAAGCAGUAAGGACAAGUAUCACUGCCAGGUCAUUGUUUCCUGGGAUGACACACAGAAUAUUGCAGUUCCAGAUGGUGAUUCUGAACGCAUAGCUCUGAUGAAAAAACUGACCGCAGACUGGGCGGAGCCUUUCCGAUCGCUGGUGCACAACCUUCCGGAUGAUAUUGCUGCCCGUUCUAUCCGAAUUGAGGACUGGAUGUUUCAUCCAAAUCGGACACAUGUGCAUCAAAGAACAGUAUUAAUGGGUGACUCGGCUCAUACCAUGACUAUGUAUCGUGGAGAGGGAGCUAACAAUUCUAUCAUUGACGUUCAAGAUCUAGUGAAGAUAGUGGACAUGACAAACCCUGAGUCCUUCAAGUUGGAAACGCUGGCUGCAUCUCUUGAAGCGUACGAGAGGACAAUUUUUACCCGUGUGAGGCCCAGCCUUCUCGGCUCACGUCAAGCAUGUCUCGAUGCCCACAACUUUGCCAAGAUCAUGGAAGGCAGUCCACUGAUCGAAGAGAGACUUCUUCAAUAA